AACGGGUGAAGCUCGAGUUUGUGUCCACGUACUUCGGAACGGCACGUGAGUGCGAGCCCACUUUGUGCAACGACGAGUGCGGCGAGACCGCCAUCCAAGUGCGCGGCAAGACCGCACUCAUGGCAGCCAAUGGCCACCAGCAGAAGCGCUUGCAGCAGGCGCAGCAGUGGCUAAGCAAGUGGUGCACCAACCCCAGGACGGGUGAGCGUUGGUGGAACCAUCCAGACAAGAAGGAGUGCGGGUCCUGCGAGCAGUCCAAGGGCCUCGUCUUCUUCGGCCCGAGGGAGCAACCCGCAGGCAGCGCCCCUUCGGUCUCCGUCAAGAAGGUCGGCAACGAACGCAAGGCAGCAGCAGAGGCCGAGCGUUCUAAGGCCGCCCUCCAGGAAAAUAAUCGCGAGAUCGCCAAGGUCAAGCAGCUGCUGGCCAUCGGGAACCCUCCGGACCCUGUGCUGGUUAUGGCGAAGCAGGACAUGCUCCAGCAGCAGGCCACGCUCCGAGCGAAGGUGCUGGCCGACAAACCCAUAGGGACGAAGCUGCACCUCCUCACCAAUCGGUCCUCCGCGCUCGAGAAGAAGCGGGAGCGCCAGCAAGCAGCCACCACCAAGCUCAAGGAGAAGCUGGCGGAGGUCGAGGCUGCGAGGGCCAUGCCGGCCGCGCAGGCGCUUCAACCUGCGCAGGGAGUCCACUCGCUCCGAGCCGCGGUCCCGUGCAUCGACAUGGACGUCGUCGGCAAGCUCCUCGCUGGGGUUGGUGCCGACGACAACCUGGCCAAGAGCGUCUCCGCCAACUUCGAGGAGCUGCGCAGGCUGGAGCGCGCCGCCGCCGAGCGCGCCGCGGGCAGCGCUGCCGCCUCUGGCGAAACUGCCCCAG